AUGGAGGUCCACGCGUUUUAUGGUACUCAGAACAAUGUGAGAAGCUUCAGCGGAUGCUGGACUUGCCGGCUCAGGCGCAAGAAAUGCGAUGAGAAACAUCCCGUUUGUGGCACCUGCACAACUCUGGAAAUCACAUGUCACUACAGCUAUGACAAGCCGGAAUGGAUGGAUGGCGGAAAGAGACAGGAACAAAUGGCCGAAAGACUGAAGCGCGAGGUCAAGGAAAAGGCUCGUUGGCGUCGAGGUGAACGACCCGUCCAGCUGCCUGAGGAGCCCGCCGAUCAUGAUACCCCAAAGACUCUACCAGAACGCCGACGUGAGAAUGCCGCGGCCGCGAGACGCGACGGAACGCCCGGUACUCGGGAGGACGUGCUGUUGGAGUCGGAAACAUGCGGUGCUGGUUGCAAAAGCGCCAGAAAGGAUACACGCGAACACACAGAAGUUGGACCAUCAGACGCUCUACUACUGACGUUUUACAUCGAACAAGUACUGCCAUUCUUGUUUCCCUUCUACCGCCCGUCACUCUUGCAAGGCGGGAAAAGCUGGAUUCUCGAAAUGGUCUUGACCAGUCCCGUGGUCCGGCAAGCAACUCUGUGCCAAAGUUCCUACUUUUUCGCCUUGGCGCAGACGACUGGUUGCUAUGUGCCUUGUAACAAGGUGCUGGGACAAACCCAGGAUGCUUUUGAAGUAUUGAGACGGGCGCUGGAGGUGAUGCGCGGACCUGGUGACAUUUCAGACCAUAUUUAUGGCUCCGUACGCGUCUUGGCAUCCAUCAUGCAAGUCCAGCGUUUUGAACUGGCCGUGUUGAGCUUUGAAAAUUGCCAGACGCACCUGAAUGCGGCUCUGGCCCUCUUCAAACAACUUUUGGGAACAGUAGAUGGUGCUGAGCCGGGAAGAAGCGGCAUCGACUUCAACACUUUGAUGACGCGUCUCGGACCUUCCUCCUGGAUUGCGAAUUCUCUCAACAUUAAUGUUCCCAGUGCUGAGCAGUCUGCCUUGGGCUUCUCGGCCGCCCUUCUGAUAUUCGAUGACAUUGUUGCCAGUACCAGCCGUCAGGAGCCUCCAAAGCUCUACGACAUGCUUGACAGUCUGCUAGGUGACGAAGAUGGUCUUGACGCACCGAUUGAUCUCGAAGCUGUUAUAGGCUGUCAAAACCUGGUACUACUCCAAAUAGCCAAGAUUGCCUCGCUGGAUUCGUGGAAGCAGCAUUGCAAGAGAGCUGGGACACUGGACCAUCUGGAGCUCGAGCGCAAUGCCGACGUGAUUGAAAACACGCUGCGAACACGUUUGAUGUAUCUGGAUGAACAAUCAACCACGCCGCAAGAGAAAGAAGAGAACCUCCUCGAUAUUUUCGCAGAGAGCUAUUGCUUUAAAGCACAUGCACAUGCCCGUCAAAACUCAUUGGUCACUCGAGUCUGGGCGCACGCAGCAUUGAUCUAUCUAUCCGUCGUGAGAUACGGAUGGCAGCCCAACAUGGCCGUUGUACGCAAUUCGGUCGACGGCAUUAUCGAGGCUCUCACAUCCCAAAUAACAUCGCCAGCACUGCUGCGCUCCAUGGCCUGGCCGUUCUGCGUCGCCGGAUGCAUGGCGACAAGUGCACAAGAAGACCAGCUGCGCGUCUUAGUCAAUACACUACAACCGCCGAGUGUUUUCGGAACGGUUCACAAGGCACGAGACAUUAUGGAGAGCGUAUGGAAGAAGCGAGACGCUCCCGAUAGUGAGAAUAUCGACUUUGCGGCGUGUUUCAAAAGUCAAGGUGAUCUUGUAUUGCUGGUUUGA